AUGUACGUGAACACGAAAUCGGCGCUUGCGAAGCGCUUUGACACAGAAGUCUCAAAAACGCCCCGUAAGAUGUUACACUCCCGAGCUUCAGAGAUCCAGUUCCUGUUGAUGGAAUCUGGUUCCCUGAAAGAGGGAAUAGGAACUAACCAUGGCAUGAUCAUGGUUGAAGGAGUUUUCUAUGUGAAUGAUGCUCUGGAAAAAUUAAUGUUUGAGGAAUUAAGAAAUGCCUGUCGAGGUGGUGGUGUUGGUGGCUUCCUGCCAGCCAUGAAACAAAUUGGCAAUGUGGCAGCCCUGCCUGGGAUUGUUCAUCGAUCUAUCGGGCUUCCUGAUGUCCACUCAGGUUAUGGGUUUGCUAUUGGGAACAUGGCAGCCUUCGAUAUGAAUGACCCUGAAGCAGUGGUAUCCCCAGGCGGUGUCGGAUUUGACAUCAACUGCGGUGUCCGCUUGCUCAGAACCAAUUUAGAUGAAAGCGAUGUCCAGCCAGUGAAGGAGCAGCUUGCCCAGGCUAUGUUUGACCACAUUCCUGUUGGGGUGGGAUCAAAAGGUGUCAUCCCCAUGAAUGCCAAAGACUUGGAGGAGGCCUUGGAGAUGGGUGUGGACUGGUCCCUGAGGGAAGGCUACGCCUGGGCUGAAGACAAGGAGCACUGUGAGGAGUACGGAAGGAUGUUGCAGGCCGAUCCCAAUAAGGUCUCCGCAAGGGCUAAGAAAAGAGGCCUUCCUCAGUUGGGGACCCUGGGAGCAGGAAACCACUAUGCAGAAAUCCAGGUUGUGGAUGAGAUUUUCAAUGAGUACGCUGCUAAGAAAAUGGGCAUUGACCAUAAGGGACAGGUGUGUGUGAUGAUCCACAGCGGAAGCAGAGGCUUGGGCCACCAAGUAGCCACAGAUGCACUGGUUGCUAUGGAAAAAGCCAUGAAGAGAGACAAGAUCAUAGUCAACGACCGGCAAUUGGCUUGUGCUCGGAUCGCUUCCCCAGAGGGUCAGGACUACCUGAAGGGAAUGGCAGCUGCUGGGAACUAUGCCUGGGUCAACCGCUCUUCCAUGACCUUCUUAACCCGUCAGGCUUUUGCCAAGGUCUUCAACACAACUCCUGAUGACUUGGACCUACAUGUGAUCUAUGAUGUUUCUCACAAUAUUGCCAAAGUCGAACAGCACGUGGUGGAUGGAAAGGAACGGACACUGUUGGUGCACAGGAAGGGAUCCACCCGAGCUUUUCCUCCUCACCAUCCCCUUAUUGCUGUUGAUUACCAACUCACUGGACAACCAGUGCUCAUUGGUGGCACCAUGGGCACCUGUAGUUACGUUCUUACUGGCACUGAACAGGGCAUGACUGAGACCUUCGGAACAACUUGUCACGGAGCGGGCCGUGCAUUAUCCCGAGCAAAAUCUCGACGUAAUUUAGAUUUCCAGGAUGUCUUGGACAAACUGGCAGAUAUGGGAAUCGCAAUCCGCGUUGCCUCGCCCAAACUGGUUAUGGAAGAGGCUCCUGAGUCCUACAAGAAUGUGACUGACGUGGUGAACACCUGCCAUGAUGCUGGGAUCAGCAAGAAGGCCAUUAAACUGAGACCAAUUGCUGUGAUCAAAGGAUAGAGCACUGACCGAAGCUGCCGAACGCCACUGCCUCUCACGUAAUGGAGGUGGACUGAAAUGCUCCUCAGACGCCAGACUCGAGACCUGACGGGUUCCAAAUUGUGCAGCUAUAACUGCCUGUUGCAAAGUAGCUGGCGGGCGGCUGCUGCUUUCAGGAGCCAGUGUUGUAACAUUACCUUCUGGGAGGAGUCCCACUGCCCUCCUUUGGAAAGGGUGGAUGUACUUCCUCCCUGAUUGUCCCCCAGGUUUUAGGAAAAUCUUUUGAGGGGUGCAGAUAGGCCAAGAUACUGCCUGACUCAAUCCUGUAAGUCUUUAUUCAUCAGAAUGAACCUGUUUACACCAAGUUCUGUUUACAUUCUGAGAGGUGUUGUGAAGAGCAUCCUAUUAACUAAGAGUUUU